CCGUGAGGACAGAACCGAGCCCCCGUCCUGCUCACGCGGCGGAGGGAACUACCGUCAGGGGAGGCGGAGGCGCGCUGACACCGAGCGCUGUUUGCUCCCCGGGCGGCGCGCACUUGUACCGGAGCCUGCCUGCCUGUCUGCGAAAAAAAGUGAUGCUGUCAUAGCCCCCUGCGCCGCGGACGGAGAGCCUCUUUCCCCUCCCGCACCUCCCCUGGAUCCUCUCUGGCUGGCUGUCGCGGCAGCAGUGCGGAUGUGGAGCCAGCAACGCAGCGCUCUUCAGCCGUCGGCAAGCACCGGAGAAGAAGAUGAAAUGUUUUUCCCGUUAUCUCCCGUACCUCUUCCGCCCUCCGAGCACUAUCCUGUCCUCCACUUGCCACACCGAAGCUGACAUUAUCUCAACGGUGGAGUUUAACUCAUCGGGGGAGCUGUUGGCCACCGGGGAUAAAGGAGGCAGAGUGGUUGUCUUCCAGAGGGAGCAGGAGAGUAAGAGCCAGCCCCAGCGUCGAGGGGAGUACAAUGUUUACAGCACAUUCCAGAGCCACGAGCCGGAGUUUGACUACUUGAAGAGUUUGGAAAUUGAGGAAAAGAUCAACAAGAUCAAAUGGCUUCCUCAGCAGAACGCGGCGUACUUCCUGCUCUCCACCAACGACAAGACAGUGAAGCUGUGGAAAAUCAGUGAGAGGGACAAGCGUCCGGAGGGCUACAACCUGAAGGAUGAGGACGGACGCAUCCGAGACCCGUCGACCAUCACGUCACUGCGGGUGCCGGUGCUGCAGCCGAUGGAUCUGAUGGUGGAGGCUACAGCCAGGCGCGUGUUCAGCAACGCCCACACCUACCACAUCAACUCCAUCUCCGUCAACUCCGACCUCCAGACCUACAUCUCCACCGACGACCUCCGGGUGAACCUGUGGAAUCUGGAGAUCACUGACCGCAGCUUCAACAUCGUCGACAUCAAACCGGCCAACAUGGAGGAGCUGACGGAAGUCAUCACCUCAGCGGAGUUUCAUCCCCAGCAGUGUCACACUUUUGCUUACAGUAGCAGCAAGGGCUCGAUACGUCUGUGUGACAUGAGGCAGGCCGCGCUCUGCGACAAGCAUUGUAAAUACUUCGAGGAACCAGAGGAUCCAUCCACCCGCUCUUUUUUCUCUGAAAUCAUCUCAUCCAUCUCAGAUGUGAAGUUCAGCCACAAUGGACGCUACCUGAUGACUAGGGACUACCUCACUGUCAAGGUGUGGGACCUUCAGAUGGAGAGCAAACCGCUGGAGACGUACCAGGUUCACGACUAUUUACGGGGGAAACUUUGUUCGUUAUACGAGAACGACUGCAUCUUUGACAAGUUCGAGUGCGUCUGGAACGGAUCAGACAGUGUCAUCAUGACAGGCUCUUACAACAACUUCUUCCGGAUGUUUGACCGGAAUACCAAACGCGAUGUCACGCUGGAAGCAUCCAGAGAAAACAGCAAACCCAGAGCUAUCCUGAAGCCGCGCAAGGUGUGUGUAGGUGGGAAGCGGCGUAAGGAUGAGAUCAGUGUGGACAGCCUGGACUUCAGCAAGAAGAUCCUUCACACGACGUGGCACCCACAUGAAAACAUCAUCGCCGUAGCUGCCACCAACAACCUCUACAUCUUUCAGGACAAGGUCAACUAACGGGCAGCCUGACCCUGGCGACCCCCGCCCCCACCCCGCCCCACCCCCACACACACACACACACACGGUGAGGGGAGGGGCUGCUGUCCUGAUUCCCCCCCUUGCUCUGCUGAGAAAAUGCAGAGUUGAGCAUCCAGUGACUGACGUGGGGAAGCGGACGGGCAAGAGAGAAUUUCGAAAAGCACUAACUGGAUACAACAAAUUAAGAAGACUCUCCGUACUUGAGAAUGGAUUUUCAUUCUGCAGUCUGACUUCUAAUUUAUUUUAUUCAGCCAGGCGGAUCCCUGAAGAAUUGAAUGCUGUGUGUUUAUGCAACACGGGGUUUGCUGCGUCGAUGGCGUGAUGUAGCACAACCUCUGGACCCUUGAAGAAAAAGGGCGGUUGUGGGGUUACUGAAAACAUAGCACACAAAACAGAACAGAGCUUACAUGGUGGCGGCCCCCCCGUGCCAUGUGGCAACAGUGCCCCCUCUCUUUCAGUCUGCCCAUGCUGCGUCGCAUGCCAUCAAGCCCACCGCCUCCGGCUGAGGUGAGAGUUUUGGACAGUGCAAACCCACUGCAGAAAAACAAAGAGACUGUUAACCUCUGACCCCAGAAACAGAGUUUUCUCUGCCUGUGAUCCAACACAGUCAGUCUUUCUAGUACCGGUUUUGUGUCUCCUUGGCGAGACUGCUGUAGUCAGUAAUGUGAAUGAAGCCCUUCCAGGCGGUGUCAAUGGUUUUAUUUAACGCUGUUGUUUUGUUGAGUCCUUCUCUCAGUCAAUGAGUCUGUUUAGAAGCUGUGGUGCCUUCUUUUGGUAUGUGGGGGUUCGAUGUAGUUGGACGGGAGGGAAGGGGGGGGUGGGACUGAAUAAAAGGCGGGAGUGUGAAUGUUACAAAUGAAAUGUUAACUUAGGAUUUUUUUCCUCUUUUUUUUUUCUUCCUUUAUUUUGCUAUAAACGAAAACACACACACAAAAGAAAUCUCCACCCAGGCCCCACGUGGGAUAAGUGCUUAAGGUGAUGUAGUCCAGAUUACAUGACAGCACAGGUUACGUGUUUGUGACUCAGGAGAGGACGCUGCGGUCUGUAAAAACGUUAUUGUUGCUCUUACGUUGCAGUAAGUCUGAUGUCACCAGUUUGCAAGAGACACGACGAAGCCUCAUUAUUUCUUUUUUUUUUAAUGCAAAACUCUGACAAAAAUACCGAAAUCCCCUGUAUUACUUUCGCCCUUAAUUUGGAUAGUACUGAAAAUGAUCUGUAGAUGGUAGAACCGUAAUCCUGUUAUGUUGUAAUACUGAACAUAAACCUAAGAUUUUUCUUGGCAUAACAAUGCUAGCGUAGCUCUUCCUGCAUGUGUUGGGUUUGAUUCUCAUGAAGCUGACAGCCUGCGAAUAGUUUUUUUUUUUUUCUCCAACAUCUACAGAUCGUCUGAGGCACUAUGCACUUGAAAUAUUUUUGCGUUUCUUUUAGAUAUCGUUACAUUGCCUGUCCGUGUUUCUCGUCUCGCUGAUGAUAGGCAACACAGAACAAUUGGCGGGAUGUGUCUCAGUACUUCGCUCCAGUCAGUCUGGAGACGCUGGCCUGUGUCGAAUUCGUUCUUUGAGCCGACUCCCACAAAACAAAGCGGUCAAAGGUCUAACCGAACUCUGUGAAAUCAGGGAAUAAUUAAGUGUUGAUUCCUUUUAAAACAGUAAUGUCUUCUAAACAACCUCCUUUGUGUCACUUCUAAUUGAAACAAACAAAAAAACUUUUAUAGCUCAGAAUGUAUUGAAAUGCAACAAAUUACCAUGCAGUCUUUAUGCUUACUGGACUUUCUUUGAAUAAAAAAAAAAAAA